CAACACUUAAAAUACCUUCAAAUCGACAGUCAUAAUAGUAAUAUUUUGUCAGUUGGCUUCGCUGUCAAACAGAAAAUGGCAGCAACGAGUGUUGUCGUUCUCGACAGAGGCAACAAUACAACAUGUACCGUAAAUCUUUUCGGUGCUACUGUAGUGUCAUGGAGGGUGAACAACCAAGAGCAAUUAUUUGUUAGCAAACAAGCCGUUUUCGACGGCAAGAGGGCAAUACGAGGCGGUAUACCAUUCGUUUUUCCUCAAUUCGGGCAAUGGGCCUUCGGACCUCAGCACGGCUUCGCGCGGGUGGCCCGCUGGCACGUCGAGAAGAUGCCCGAGCGACUGCCCAGCGGCGACGUGGAAGCUGUCUUCAGCCUUAUGGACGAUGAGUUCACCAGGUCGAUGUGGCACUUUCAGUUUCGGCUGACGUACCGGCUGAUCUUGCGUGAGAAGGAGCUCCACUUCAACAUCGGCGUGUACAACCCGAGCAAGGAGCUGACGUUUAGCUGUCAGUUGCUGCUCCACACUUACUUCAAGGUGCCGGACGUGCGCCGCUGUCAGAUCACCGGCAUGCACGGCUGCAUGUUCAUUGACAAGACGCGGGAAGGUGCCGUGUACCAGGAGACCCGCGAGGUGGUCACGGUCGGCGAGUGGACGGACCGCAUCUACCAGAACACGAUGCAGGAGCACAUCAUAACGAACGUUGUCAGCGGGCGGAAGAUGCGGAUACAGAAGUACAACUUCCCCGAUACAGUGAUCUGGAACCCGUGGUCGGAGUACGCGAAGGAGAUCCCGGACUUCGGUGACGACGAGUUCCCCAACAUGGUGUGCGUGGAGGCCGGGCGGGUGGCCGCGCCCAUCGUGUUGCUCCCCGGCACCGCGUUCGAAGCCAGCCAGAUCCUCCAGGUAAUGUAGACGGAUGGCGCCGGAGUUCACAUGUAGCCGUCCACACGAGCGAAGUCAAUUCACGAGGAACGUACGUAACAAUGAGACAAUAUAGUAUAAUAUGUAUGGAUGAGGCGGGGCGCUGCGGUCGCCAGCUCGGCUAUACUGGUUUAUAACAAUUAUAAUCUAAGGUUAAGUUUUAUUCGAUUUUUGCUAGAGAGAUAGAAAGGAUUUAAAAAAAAAGCCUGUAAAAGUUGUAUGGGAAACACUAAAAAAAAAUUACAUCAUACAUUUUGGCGCAGCACGUAAUGUAAUACGAAUAAAACGCAACCGUCACGCGGGUUCGAUGACCUCGAAGCAUAGAGCGUUCGUCGGCUGGUUUUUAAAUUAAUUAAUGUUUUAUGUCAAGGAAGUCCAUUAUUUUUCGUCUUCGGAAAAUAGCUACUACCGUUUCUAAAAUACUUCUACUGUACAAUCUCUAAAAUUCAAUUUUUUUCUUCGGUUUCAUUUCAUGCGGCGUCUUUAAAAAUUUUGUAAAACUAUUAAAUUGCAAACAAAAUCGAGUUACUUGUAUCAAAUAGGUAACUUGAAUACGCUAUAUAUUUUUUAAAUUUAAAACGUUAUAAAAGUUAAUAAAUGAAUUUCGAAAUCUGUUGUACGUUAAGUUAAUGUUAAGUUUAAAUUUUCUUUGUGUUUAAAUUGUGCGCGUUAGACCGAGUUCACACGGUAUUGUCCUGCACGUUUGUUUGCAGUAUACGUCUUAACGAAUGAAUAGUGGCACAUACAUUGUACAUAGAACCAUGCACAUGUUGUUUGUACUGCAAAAAAUCGUACACCGCUUAUGCGUUUAAACGAAUACUCAACGGACUUGUCAAGAAAAUCGAAUGAAUUUUAACGUUGGAGUGACGAAUAGUAUAAGCUCUAUCUCUUUCACACGUUCGUUUUUACACGAAUGAAAAUCUACCGUAUGAACACCCGAGUGAUUGUACGUUAAAAUAACGAAUACAAAAAAAACGUGCAGGACAAUGCCGUGUGAACACAGCCUUAGGUUUCCAAACGUAGAACUUUGUACUGCAGGCCCUUACAGAUGGCGCGCCGGUUUACUGGCCCACAAUCUUUCAGUUUGACGAAUGAAUUUUAUAAGAGCAUUCGUUGCUGUGUUACUUGGUGGUUCCUAAGAUUAGCAUGACUCGUAGAGGCCUACAAAUUUUAUCAUAUUAAAAUACAGUUUACGCCUGUCCGGGUAGAUGCAACCAUCUCGACUAUUCCUAAAGCCGCUUUCAGACUACGCUAUAAUAUAAUAGCAUAUAGCUCAUAGCACAACAAUAUCGCACACCAUACAUUAUUAUGGACAUGUUCACACUGUAUCACUGUACUAUAUUAUUAUAUUAUUGGCUAAGUACAGGCUGCUAUACUAUAUGGCACUAGUAUAGCGUAGUCUGAAAGCAGCUUAAAGCGAAUCUGUCAUACGUUCUGAUUUGAAGGGACCGUUUUUAUGCAAUACAUUACAUGAUUUCCAUAGGCUGCAAUAACUGUUUAAUACCAGUGGGCUUAGUGCGAGUCUUUUAAGGUUCUCGAUAGCGUAAAAGUUAGCUCAUAUUUGUAUGGAAUGGGAUCGUUUGCGUACGUUUGCCGCUAGGGGCGCUGUUCCAACUGCUUACAAAAUUAGGUUAACUUUUACGCUAUCGUGAACGUUAAGAAACUCGCACCAAGCACACAGAUGGGUCGUGAGUUGACUCACCAAGCUAUAUAGCAUUGGCAGCUACGGUAUUUUCGAUCAUUCCGAAUGCUUGAUGUACGAAUUGAUUUAGUACGUAUAUUUUAUUACUGAAUAUUGUUCAUGUUACAUUUAUGGUUUAUAAAGUUCAGUAGGGCAAGCCCGCGUUACUGUAAUGUAAUAAUACAAUUAAUUCAUCAAAUACUAAACUUCUAAUUUGAUUGUGGGACAUAACAGAAAAAAACAUUCCUUUUUGUAAAUUUAAUUAAUUACAGAUUUACUUAUUUAGUUGGAUAUAUUUUAAGUACUACAGAGCUUCCUAUGCGUUUUCAUUUUGCUUUUUAUUUUAAACUAUUAUUAAAAAAAAUUGGGAAAUUUGUUGGCAACAUCUAUUUCGGUAAUUUCCAAAACAAAAACGUAGACAACUAAAUAAUACAUGUCAGCUGUGUGGUGUAUUCGGAAAUUUAUUAGAAAUUUUUGCAGGUAGUUUAAAAUAAAAAAGCAUAAUGAGCGAGAGAUUUUGUAAAUCUCACUUGCCUUUUACCCUUAGGGUUCCUCUUGUUUCAAUCUUGUUCUCGUUAUAAUAUUGUUCUAUUGUGUUUACGUGUCUAAGUUAUAUGAAUUUCUAAUACAAAAGACGGUGCUUCUCUGUAUGAAUAAUUUUUGAAAUCUGAAAUUCAUCAUGUAUUUCUUUGAAGUUGGACAUUUGAAUAACUGGGUCAAUGUCGACAUCAAGCGUCAUUUCUUCAAAUUUCGCCUUAUUCUUCUUAAUCCUGUUGAGCGAAGCUUUUGAAAUACACCAAUAAAGUUCAGAACACGAUCAGUUUUGGAGACAAUUUAUUAGAUGUGUUAAGAGUUAACUGCAUUGUUAGGAUUUUUUAAUAGUAAUAAAAUUAAUUAGAUUAAAAUUUUAAAUUUGCAUAAAUUUAAUCUGCCCCAAUAUAAUUUUGAAAUUUAUAUGUAUUGUAAGCGUAACAAAUGUUCGGAUGUGUCUCCAUUAAAAAUGUCCAUUAAAUGAUAGUUAUAUCUGAAAAUAACUGAAUUAAGCACUGAUUUAUCCUCAAUAAAUAAUCCAGCCAUUUUUACUAAUCCUAUUUUCUCGAUAGUUGUCAUAAAAGCCUCUUGAUUUUACUUUUCAAAUUGUAAAUUCUGUUAACGGAUCCUUUAAAAAUGUGUUAUUUUAUAUACAAAAAAAUGUACAGUGUACAUACAUAAGAAGUACAAAUCUGUAUUAAAUUGUGAUUUUUAAAUACAUUUUUUUUUUCUCUUAAUAUUUGAGACAUUUUUGGAGGCUUUUGAAGUAUACGACGACUAAUAUAAGAAUUAAGUACUUAGAUAAUACGAGUUCCUUGGUUUUUUUUUUUUCGAACGAUCGAAGAGUAUACCUUUUCACACAAAUAUUAUUAUUAGUAUGUUAAUUAAAAAUGGUUGUAUGCGACAUAAUGAACUUAAGGUUUUUUACUUCCAAAUAUUUUAUAUCUGUUUUGGAUAUUAUUAUAAUAUUAAGUAGUUUCUGAUGUCUUGUUUAUUUUUAUCCUACGGUUAUCAUAUGUCGCAUUUUUAAGCUCUCAUUUAAUCGGUAAGUUUUAAGUAAUUCCAUUUGAAUAAGUCAAUUAAGACUAUAAUGUCCAUUGUUUUAAUGUAGUAAUACUAGUAAUAAUUUUAGAUCUGUGACAUUGUUACAACGAAGUGUACUUUUGUAGGUGCAAUAAAGUAAACUAAACAUUUA